AGGAGGUUGAGACUUUUAAAAAAUAAAUAAAAAAGAACCUACCACAAGCGAGCAAAGUAGUUUUAUUCUUUGGUGUUCUGCCGCCAUCUAGUGGCCACAGUGAAACGUAAAAACAAAAGAAUGAGCUAUUUCAAUAGGAGUUUUUACACUGUCAUUCAUUCUCUACCGUUUAUUGUUUUCGAGACGGGGUUGGGGGUUUGGAGAGAGCCAAUCCCAGAUACUAAUCGUAGUGACGUAACGUCUUAGGUUCCCUCGUACAUUCUCUCGACUCGUAUAUACCCUGAGCUUUUACGGUCACACCAUAAGUACGGAACUGACGAGGCGUCAGUUCUUCAAAAAGUAAAAUAAAUAUUAUUUUGGAGGUAAAUCUCGAGCGCUCUCUUGCGGGCAUCAACACAACUACAUUAAAAAACUACUGUGAACUUAAUAUAAAAAACAUCACAAGUUAUUAUUGUAUGUCUCUCAUUUGAUAUCUCCUGAGAAAGAAAUAAUUCCACGUAGUCCCUGCAAUGUCACUGUGGGCCACUAGGGUUAUGUAUACCACUGUUGGAUUACAACUAAGUAAACCUGGAAAUCUCUGUCUGUGACGAAACGCUGUAAUGACUUUUUACACCCCCUGUCUUGCAGCAGUAGCAUAUUAAAGCUACCUGGUCACUUCUGGAACAUCCCCAUUCUGACAGGGACGGGGGAGGACGGGGGAGGAUGGCUGGACAGGGAUCAGGGUUAGAGAGAGAUUAAGCAGAUGAAGGCCUAUAAAGCUGCAGUGUAAUCCUCACACUGGUGACACAACCAAAGCAGCAGCAACAACAACAACUAUUCUCUGCACGUCUUGGAUGAAAUAAACACCGCUAGCAAGAAAAACACAGAUAAAGAAGAGGAAAAAAAAGGAAUAAUCAUGAAAAAGGGAAAGCAGGUCAACGAUGACGAGCCUCCGAGUUAUCAAGAUGCAACCGCAGGCUAUGAGGAAAUGCAGGCUCAGUUUUCCUGGGACGACAAGACCAUCAGACGGACCUUCAUCAGGAAGGUCUACGCCAUUCUCAUGGUCCAGCUUCUGGUCACCGUGGCCAUCAUCAGUCUCUUCACAUUUUGUGCCCCUGUCAGGUUUUUUAUUCAGACACAUCCUGGCCUUUACCUGGCUUCUUACCUCAUGUUUUGCUCUACGUACAUUGCUCUGUCCUGCUGUGGAGAACUGAGGAGACAGUUUCCCUGGAACAUCAUUCUUCUAGUUCUGUUUACUUUGAGCAUUUCCAUCAUGAUGGGAUUCAUAUCAAGCUUUUACAACACUAAAUCAGUACUGCUGUGUGUGGGAAUCACAGCCAUGGUCUGUCUCGCUGUCACCAUCUUCAGCUUCCAGAGCAAAGUUGAUGUCACAUCCUGUCAGGGCGUCCUGUUCUCUCUGUGUAUCGUCAUGCUCCUCUGUGCCAUCACCAUCUCCAUCGCCGUGCCCUUUGGAUACAUUCCCUGGUUACACGCUGUCUAUGCCGUGAUAGGAGCCAUUCUGUUUACACUGUUCCUCGCCUUUGACACUCAGAUGCUAAUGGGGAACAAACGCUACGCCAUAAGUCCAGAGGAAUAUAUUUUUGCCACCCUCAGCCUCUACCUGGACAUUAUCUACCUGUUCAGCUUCCUGCUGCAGAUCACUGGACAAGGACGAGAGUGAGGUCAAACAUAAGGAGCACAUUUAUUUCUGAUGACACCGUUAUUUUAACUGAACCUUUGCUACUAAAACACUGUGCACUUUUUUUAGAGGCAGGUUUUUGUCUGUAACCUCCCAUGUAUUACUGCAGUAAUACUGUAGUACUAUCUCCGGCAG